AUGGAGUCUGAAGCAGAAUCCCCAGAGCUCUCUUUUCUUGAAAGACUCAUCACUUCCAGGAACAGAGACCUUUCUAUCUUCCUUCCAAUUCUUCUUGGCCUCACCAAUUCAUCCAACUUCAACCAAGAACAAGAUGAAGAUGAAGAAGAAGUAGAAGUAGAUGCUUCCCAAUCAGAUCCAGACCCUUCCGAAUCCGCUUCUUCCGCCAGACCUCGUGGCCGGAUCAUCCUCAUCAACCCCAUGACCCAAGGUAUGGUUGUAAUCGAAGGCACCUUUUCAAGAAUCGAUUCAUUGUUCCGCGAUUUACUUGUAAACAAGCAAGGCCAACCGCCGGCGUCUAAAUCGUCUAUAGAUGCGAUGCUUAGCGUAGAGAUCUGCGAGGAGGAUAGAGAGAAUGGGUGUAUGAUCUGUUUGGACGAUUGGGAAGUAGGCAUGAAGGUUAAAGAGAUGCCUUGUAAGCAUAAAUUUCAUGGGGAGUGUAUAGAGAAGUGGUUGGGAAUACAUGGAUCUUGCCCUGUUUGCAGGUACAAGAUGCCUGUUGAAAAUGAUGAUGAUGGGGAGAAGAAACUAGUAGACGAAGAAGUGGAUGAAGAUGAAGGCGAUGAUGAACAAGAGAGUGGGAGACGGAGGAGCAGGAGGAGGAGAGAGAUCUGGGUUAAUUUUUCUUUCAAUAGGGAUAGAAGAAAUGAUGAUUCAAAUUCAGAUUCAAGCUUAGACCGGACUGAUUCCAGUGCUUCUUCUGCUGCUUCCGUUGAUGAAAUGGAUGAAUAAAAAGUUGUAAACUUUAUCACCUCUCUCUCUCUCUCUCUCUCUCUCUGUUUCUCUCUCAAAUCUCUCUCUCAAAUCUCUCUCUGAGAAUAAGCAAAGCACCCCCAAUGUACAUAACCAUUGUAAAGCUGUUUUUCAAUCUUAAUAGUUGUUCUGUCUUUUGUGUUUUUUGUGUGAAUAAACUAUGUCGUUUUGGUCAA